CAGAAGACUUGGUUGCUUAUAAGGGGAAUUCAGAAGCCAACAGAACAUUUAGGAUGAAUCCAGGAAGACGUGAGUCUCUGGACGACUUGCCUGAUCUCUACACUAUCUUCAGAGGAGAGGUUGUUACAGUAACAGAAUAUGGAGCCUUUAUCAAAAUUCCAGGCUGCAGAAAGCAAGGUCUCGUCCAUCGAACCCACAUGUCAUCCUGUCGAGUGGAUAAGCCCUCCGAGAUAGUGGAUGUUGGCGACAAAGUAUGGGUGAAGCUUAUUGGCCGGGAGAUGAAAAAUGACAAGGUUAAGCUGUCCCUUUCCAUGAAAGUUGUCAACCAAGGGACUGGGAAAGACCUUGACCCCAACAACAUUAUUACUGACCAAGAAGAGAGGCGAAAGAGGACCUUCAAGGAUUACACAGGACAGAAGAUCACUCUGGAGGCUGUUCUGAACACAACCUGCAAGAAGUGUGGCUGCAGAGGCCAUUUUGCCAAGGACUGUUUCAUGCAACCAGGGGGAACCAAAUACAGUCUUGUACCUGAGGAAGAGGAAGAGGAGGAAGAAGCAGCAGCAGCAGAAGUCAAGGGAGGAGAGAAGUCUGUACACACAGAAAAAUCUUCCCGGAAGAGAAAGAAGGAAAAGAAAAAGAAAAAGAAACUCAAGAGCAAGAAGGAGUCUUCCUCCAGCAGCUCCGACUCGGACAGUGAGGGUCAGACGGCCAGCAAGAAGGCCAGACACCUGGCAAAGGAAAGCAAGAGAAAGACGAAAAAGCACCGGAAAAAGCACCAGGAGUAAAAUAGGGUGGACUUCUUCCCUCCCACCAGAUCCUCCUUCACCAGUGCCCUGGUUCCAGACUCUGGCAUAUAUGCCUGGCCCACCCAUAUCCCUGUGGGCCAUCCCCUCUCUCAUCCAUAGAACCCCAUCUCAGUUCUUGGCUUGCUGCCUCCAAGCAACCCCUGCAGGGGCUCUGGUUCCUCUGGCCCAGCCUCAAGGUUUGAGGCUGGCUGUAGACUCCUGGCCAUGGACAAUGCUACAGGAAGGGAUGUGCUUUUUUUUUUUCCCUAAUAUUUUUUAUUUUUUCAGUUACAUGUAGAAAGUUUUAAGAAGUGUGCUUUUCAACCAAGGCAGGAGGGCAGAUGGCCACUAUCGGCCCUGGCCAGUCCGGAACCAAAGGGCUUCUUCCCUGGCCCUGGGCCAGGCAGCCCCUUCCCGUUCCCAUCACGCUCAGCAGCAGGAGAAGGACAGACAGCACCAGCUUGACCAGAUUCUGGGAAGAGAUUGUUUGCAAGGAUUCAGAGCUUGUGGUCUCAUCCCCUUAGGUCAUUAAAUCUGAGAAAUGAUGCUGCCACACAUAGGGCUAUUGUUCAGCACUGACACUGAUGGUGGGGCAGGUGGCCGAGUGCCAUGCUUUCUUCAUUUCCUCUCCCUCAGUUCCCUCAGCUGCCAGCACGAAGCCAGGACCUUUGGCUUGGUGUUUAACACUUACUGGCCUGGGAAGGUGGCCCACACCUGCGCUCUGCUUGUGGGGAGGCCAAGGCUGCUGGAUCACUUGGACUCUGAAGCUCUGAGCUGCUGGAGGACCAAAGCCAAUGAGGCGUCCCUCAGCAUGCUCCCGGGAGAGAGCCCCUGUCCCACAGCCAGCCUUCGGGUCUCCCCAAACCUUAGUAUAACAAAUUUCCCUUCUAAUUAGCAAACAGCUUCCAUUCUCUGGAGGUGUGUGGCAGAGAGACAGACAGAGAGCUCGUGUCUGUCACACCCUACCCUGAGUGAUGAGCUCAGAGCCUCCCGGCAGCACCUCCUCUGAAGUCUGCAGAGUUGCCUCUAGGCCUGGGCCACAGCUAGUCCUUCCUCU